UAAUAAUAACACAACUACCAGCAGCAGUUAUAACAAAAAUAUUUAAUAAUAAUUUGUUUGCAUUUUAGUAUUAAUAAUAUAGCCUUUUAAUAUGGAAGUGCUAAACAUUUGAGCAGCUAAAUUUCAAAACAAAUUUAUUAAACAAAUAUUAAACAAAAAAAAAUGAAAAAUACUGGAGCUAACUCUGCAAUAUUCAUAAGCCUAACAUUAGUGGCCAUUAUAAAAGCUCAAGUGAUAUUAAAGACUUGUUCUCGUGAUAAUCUCUUGGAUUGCCCCAAGUAUUCACUGUGCACGCAAAUUAAUAAUGACGACAAUGAAGCCCUCAAAUGUAUUUGUAUAGAACAAUUUCAACUAAAUCCAAAUUGGUCCAACUAUGCAAAUCUUAAUACAUCUAUAAUACUACAAGAGCACUAUUGUCUACCCUCUAAUGAUGGCUCCAAAGCCCAAGAGAAUAAAUUAUUAGUUUACAUACGCUCACCGGCUAGAAAGGAACAUUUAGCUUAUGGCAUAUUGAUGGUCUUAGUGGCAGCCGCUUUAGCUACGGCCGUACUCUAUGGCCUCAAGGUUUUGAAGCCCUUAAAGAGAACAAAAUCGGUUUAUCAGAAGCUCAAAUAUAAACGGCGAAAUAUAACACCGCUUCAAGAAAUGGAUGAAUUGGAGUUGAAUAGACGUUAUGAAAUGCAAACACUAUAAAGAGAUAAUAAUAAAUAAUAAUAUGUAAUACUAAUAGUGCAAUUAAGGUGCGUCUCAAAAUGAUAAGGUCACAUUCUUAACGUUCUGUUUAUUCGAAAAUAAAAAUAGUAUUGAUUGUUACUAUUAUUGGCUGAAAUAAAUGCUUGUUGCUCAAACACACAUAGAGACAUAGAGCGGAAACUCUCCUGUCAAAGACCUACCCCAGUUGUCAAACACCUAAGUGGUCAGAAUGUAUUAGUAGAAAAAACUAUGUGAAAACAAAAACAACACUCGUAUGUGUAAAUAUUUUGAGUAAUUUUUUUGUUUGAGUUUUUUUCUAGUUACCGCUCUAUGCUUCUCUAUGACUACACAUAUGUAGAUCGAAAACUCAAAACCUAACUCAGUUGUCAAAAACCUAAGUGAUGAGAAUGUACUAGUAAAACGAAAACUACACUCCUAGGUGUAAUUUUUUGAGUAAUUUGUUAGUUUGGAAUAUUUUCUAGUUACAAAUUAUGGACUGAUAUUGCCCAUUUUCAAUACCAAACCUUAUCAAUAGAGAGUAUUUGUGAAAAACUGGAUGAACAGAACGAAAAGUAUGUGUUGUAACCUUAUCAUUUUGACACUCACCGUAUUAAUAUAAUAUUUAUUAAAUAUUAGUUCAUACGAGUACCGCUCUAUGCUUCUCUAUGACUACACAUAUGUAGAUCGAAAACUCAAAACCUAACUCAGUUGUCAAAAACCUAAGUGAUGAGAAUGUACUAGUAAAACGAAAACUACACUCCUAGGUGUAAUUUUUUGAGUAAUUUGUUAGUUUGGAAUAUUUUCUAGUUACAAAUUAUGGACUGAUAUUGCCCAUUUUCAAUACCAAACCUUAUCAAUAGAGAGUAUUUGUGAAAAACUGGAUGAACAGAACGAAAAGUAUGUGUUGUAACCUUAUCAUUUUGACACUCACCGUAUUAAUAUAAUAUUUAUUAAAUAUUAGUUCAUACGAGUAAUGUAAAUAAAUAUUCUACGUAAAAACAUUGUGGGCUCCAAAAAAGCUAGAGGAGGGUGAGAAAAAUCCAA